AUGGAUAGAUUUUUAACAAAAGGCGAAAAGUCCAAAUCCGUUACUAUCCCUUCUGUUACCACUGCGACAGUUACUAAUACUACAACCUCUUUGACCACCACUACCGCAUCUUCUGCUGUUCUUACAUCUACAACCUUUGUAGCCAAUGUGACGACAUCUGCGUAUGUUAAACCUGUAGCGUCUACUUCGAAAGCUGUUCCAAACGUUUCCAAAAAUGAAAAAAUAUCCGUUGAAUCUAUGACACAUUUUUCCGAAGCAUCUGAUGAUGAUGAUGAUGACGAUGGACCACCACCUGCUAAGAAAACAAAAUCUAAAGACACUAAAGGAAGUAAAGAAUUCAACGACAAGUGGCUCACAAAUGUGCUUUAUCGAAAUUGGCUUGUAAAAAAAACCUUUCCGAAUGAAUCGAGCGCAUGCGCAUAUUGCAAAGUGUGUGACGAAAGAUUUAUUAACCAUAAGGGUUCCCUCGACAAACAUAUGAAAUCAGGGAAACAUGCCACUAAUAUGAGGACCGUGGCUUCGCACAAACCAAUAGACAAAAUAAUUAUUCCAAAUACAGAAGAUGACGCAAUUAAAAGGGCAGAAGUAAAAAUUUGCGCAUUUGUGGCGGAACAUAACUUACCUAUAUCCUUAGUGGAUGAUUUGGUACCUUUUAUGGCAAACAUCUACCCGGAUUCGACUAUAGCUCAAAAAGUCACCUUAGGUCGAACCAAGGCAACAAAUAUGUUGACAAAAUUAAUUGCCCCCGCUUGUACAUAUGAAAUAUUAAAAGUAAUAAAAGAACCAGGCAAUUUUUUCAGCAUAAUUAUGGACGAGACUACGGACAACACCAUAAAAAAACAAUGUGCGCUAUCAAUUAUAUAUCAUGAUGGAACCAAAGUCCAAACUUCCUUCUUAGAUAUAUACGAAGUUGGUUCCGGUAAAGCGGAAGAUUUGUGUCAAGCAUUAUUAGACUGGUUAAAAUCGCAUGCAAUACCACUCACAAAUUUCAUAGGAUUCGCCAGCGACACGACAAAUAGCAUGGUUGGAGAAUACAAUUCCGUGUUUUCCCACUUAAAACAGCAUGUGCCUGAAAUAACAUGUGUUAAAUGCAGCUGCCACAUGAUUCACCUUGUCGCAUCAAAGGCUUGCCUAAAGCUUCCACGCUCGGUAGAGGACAUGCUUAAAAAUAUUGCGAUGGCUCUCGCUCAAAGCUUGUGUGGACAGGACCCUGUCACAAUUUGA